AUGGCAAGGAUCACGUUGUCGUGUGUGCCGGCCUCCUGGUACUGCUCCGUGUCUCUGCUCUCUCUGGGCUGCGUCCCGCGACAGAGACUGGUGUUUCUGCUGCUUCUGCUGUGCUCUGCCCUGCUGCUGCUGCUGCUCUGGAGCCCCCCCAGGAGACCCAACACCCAGCCUAACAAGCACUUGUCUGUGGCCGAGUCCCUGGAGGCCACGGACGUCCAGAACCAGGCCCUGAACUACGGCGUGGUGGUGGACUGUGGCAGCAGCGGGUCCAGAGUCUUCGUCUACUACUGGCCUCCGCACAAUGGCAACCCUCACACGCUGCUGGACAUACGGCAGAUGAGGGACCGCGACAGGAAGCCCGUCGUGCUCAAGAUCAAACCAGGAAUCUCGACUUUGGCCAAAACUCCGACCGCUGCCAGUGACUACCUGCAGCCGCUGCUGGGAUUCGCCGCGGCUCACGUUCCCAAAACCAAACACAAGGAGACGCCGCUCUACAUCCUCUGCACGGCUGGCAUGAGGCUGCUGCCGGACAGUGAGCAGGCGGCCAUCUUGGAGGACAUUGUGAGCGACGUUCCUCUAGAGUUCGACUUCCUGUUUUCCGAGUCUCACGCUGAGGUCAUCUCCGGCAAACAGGAAGGAGUCUACGCCUGGAUCGGGAUCAACUUUGUCCUGGGCCGCUUCGAUCACGCCGACGUGGACGACGCGACGGUGGAGGUCACCACGAGUUCUCAGAGCCGUCAGCCAAUCAGCAGGCGGCGCACGGUGGGCAUCAUGGAUAUGGGCGGAGCUUCACUGCAGAUCGCCUACGAGGUUCCAGGAGUGGUGCACUACAGCUCCCCACAAGAGUCCGACGGCGGCCUCUCCGUCCUCAGAACCUUCCGUCUUCUUCGUGUCCUGAAGCUGGUGCGGUUCAUGCCCGCCCUCCGCAGGCAGCUGGUGGUACUGAUGAAGACCAUGGACAACGUGGCCACCUUCUGUAUGCUGCUCAUGCUCUUCAUCUUCAUCUUCAGCAUCCUGGGAAUGCACAUCUUCGGCUGCAAGUUCAGUCUGAAGACCGAGACCGGAGACACUGUUCCCGACCGCAAAAACUUUGACUCUCUGCUGUGGGCCAUCGUCACUGUGUUCCAGAUCCUGACGCAGGAGGACUGGAACGUGGUCCUGUACAACGGCAUGGCGGCCACCUCUCCUCUCGCCGCUCUCUACUUCGUGGCUCUGAUGACGUUUGGGAACUACGUGCUCUUCAAUCUGCUGGUGGCCAUUCUGGUGGAGGGAUUCCAAGCUGAGGUGAGCGCCCGUUAG